UUAUAUACCCCGGCCAACUCUUGCCUUUCCACUCAAAUCAACUCUUUUUCCUACAAAUGACAUCUUCUGAAGAAACAUUAGCCUUGGAACUCAUUCGAAAACAUCUUCUUACUGACUUUGCUUCCAUGGAUUCUUUUCUUGCCAGUCUUCAUCAUAUAGUGGAAACCCCACAAUUCUCUCAACUUCAUAGCCCCAAUCAGAUGAAACAUUCUACUCUAAGCCAACGCCGUCCAGCUAUAAACGUCGCCAUUCCCGCACCGAAAGUGAACGUAAGCGACGAGCAGAGGCAUUACAGGGGUGUUAGGAGACGACCUUGGGGUAAAUAUGCAGCUGAAAUUAGAGACCCCAACAGAAAAGGUGCGAGGGUUUGGCUGGGAACCUUUGAUACCGCCAUUGAAGCUGCUAAAGCUUAUGAUGAAGCUGCGUUUAAGCUUCGUGGAAGUAAAGCUAUAUUGAAUUUUCCUCUUGAAGCUGGAAAAUCAAGUUCAACCCACUCUGAAUUAAGUAAAGCUUGUAUAAAAAGAAAAAGAGAGGAAGAAGAAGAAGAAGGGAGAGUGGAGAGUAAAGUAGUGAAAAGAGAGGAGAAGGGAAGUGUGACGCCGGGAGUAUGUUUAACGCCGUCAAAUUGGACGGGGUUUUGGGAUAGUGAAGAUAUGAAGGGAAUAUUCAGUAUCCCUCCCUUAUCUCCGUUAUCUCCGUUUGGGUAUUCCGGGCUUGCGGUUAUGUGAAAGUGAAACGCUUUUGAUGGGUUUUUGGACGCCGUUAACUAAAAUCAGGAAUGGUUGGCUGACGUGGCUAGUUCAAGUUGUAUCAUUAGUGUACAUUGCCUUUUGUUUUAUUUAUAACAUUCUUUUUCUUCUUUUAUUUGGUUUUUUAGUGAAUACCAAAUUUCUUUCUUGAAUUUUAUAUCAAUAUCAUUUUUUCAUAAUACAUGAACCUACUACAUAAUAAAUCUAAAUUUAUGUUACUUAUUUUAAUAAUUAAA